AUGUCGGACCCUUUAUCCAUUUCAGGAAGUGCGGCCGGGCUCAUCUCACUGGGUCUCGUGUCCACAAAGAUUCUAUACAAAUUUUACGAAGAUUAUAGGGACCGAAAAGACAACCUAACGAAUAUCGUUGGCAACCUCGAAAAGCUCGAAGCGAUUCUCGAAUUCCUAAAACGUACCACCAAGGAUUCGGACAUCGUUAGUCACGACGAAGAGUCGCGUCGAUUAAUCGAGUCAUGUGUCCAAGACUGCAAGCAGCAUAUGAAAAAGCUUCACGAGGAAUCACAAAAAUUUGGGAGCAAGCCGAAGAACGAUCUACCGGUAGCCCAACCGACGGGAAAGAACUUCGUAGGGCGUCGGCGACGAUUCGGUGGAGCUGUUCAAGUAGUCUUCCGUCCACUGGCGCAGAACAUACUUAUCCAGAGAGAUACCCAUUACACGAGAGGGGUAGUUGACAACAGCGAACUCCGUGAUUGGCUUAAAGCUCCCAACGUCAGCGACAAUUUGAAUUGGGCACUUGAAAGAAGCACAGAUGGCACAGGGGAUUGGUUCGUGGAUAGCGACGAGUUCUCUACUUGGUUUGCCAACCAACACUCGCUCCUAUGGCUCAAGGGCUUUUCAGGGUGUGGUAAAACAUUCCUAUGUUCCACAGCCAUCGAUCACUUGUUACGCCAUCGCGAAUCGAGGCAGAAGAUUGGCGUCGCAUUCUUUUUCUUCACAUUUAAUGAUCAAAGUAAACAGGACGCUUCUGCCAUGCUCCGAGCUCUAGUCUUACAACUAUCGAGCCAACUUGGCAGCUUUCAGCAUAUCAAAAAGUUACACGAUAAAUAUGGCGAUUCCGUCCCAUCGAAUCAGGACCUCGAGACUUGCCUUCACGAAUUGGUGGCCAGUUUUGAUAACGUCUAUAUAAUAUUGGAUGCACUUGAUGAAUGUCCGAAAGAGCGGCAUCGUAGGAUCAUGCUUGAAAGCGUCACCCGCAUCUACGCCCGAUCAGGGGACAGGCUGCAUAUGCUCGUUACGAGCCUCGAAGAAACUGAUAUUUCCGGUGCUCUUGGUGGCAUCAUUGACGUGCAAACUCUCCGAGUAUACAAUUCAACCAAUAGAGAUAUUGCCAAUCACAUCUCCAAAAUGCUCCGCAGGUCAUCAUUGAAGAAGUGGGAGAAUCAUCGUCCACGGAUAGAAUAUGAACUCACCAACCAAUCUAACGGGAGCUUUCGAUUAGUAGCAUGCCAAUUGGAGGAAUUGGAGAAGUCUGCACCAACCUUGGAAGCGUUAGAACGGUUGCUUACAUCACUGCCGAAAGACUUGGACGAAGCAUAUAGACGACUGCUUACGAAAAUAAACGAGCCGGACAGGGAAUACGCUCAGCAAAUGCUGACGUUCCUUUGCUACGCGGAGAUACCAUUGACGGUACCCGAACUCGUAGACGCUAUGGCCGUGAAAUAUGUGACGCCGAUGGUUUUCGACCCCAAGCGAAAGUUGCCGGGUACAUCAGCAUCAAUCCGAGAGCUUUGUCCAGUGCUAGUUGACGCCGAAGAGCGCUGUUUUGGGCCGCCUAUCGCGCGAAUAGCUCACUCUUCUGUCAAGAGGUUUCUUGAAUCCGAACGGAUAAGAGAAUAUGAUGAUGUCAAGGAGUUCGCGCUGAUCAGUAGCUAUGCCCACACUCGGAUAGUUAGAACCUGCUUGGUGUUCCUAGAAACCCCGAGACCCGAAAGCCAUUUGUAUGACAAUCCAAUUACAAGAUAUGCCGUAGUAUAUUGGAAAGACCAUAUGAGAGAGGGAAGGAAAACAUCAGAGCUUCGAGCUCAGAUUUUGCAGCUGCUUCAAAAUGAUACAGCAUUCAAUCAUAUGGCAAAAAGUAAUAUUUUCCGGCACACCUUGUUCGGAGUCGUCACAAAACAUCGUUCUGCGCUCUUUCGCGCUUCGUUCCUUGGCAUUACUCCAAUUGUAGAGGAACUUUUGCGGGAGGUUAGUUCCUUUAAUGAUGAGUAUGGUGCUGCGAUAAAAGCCGCGUCGGUUUCUGGACAUCGAAAUAUUGUUCAAUUAUUGAUCGAAAAGGGUCCAGAAUCCGCAGACAGCAAAGCCCUGGAAAAGAAUCCCAAUUUAGACGUGUCCACUGCGUUCCGAAGGGCGUGCCGUUGGGGCUCUUCGGGAUUGGUCGGAUUCUUCCUUAAAUGCAAGAACGUUGACAUCAAUGCAUAUGGAAAAUGGGAAGGAACUCCUUUGAUGUUAGCAUUGAAUUGCGGGCAUGAUGAUGUUAGCCGACUACUCCUAUUGGAACCGUCAAUCGAUAUAAACUUACGAACUAAAAAUGGGAGGACCGCGUUACAUAUUGCAACAAAAAAGAAUCUGAAAGAAAUGGUUGGAUUACUUCUUACUAAGGCUGCCAAUAUUGAUGCGCGAGAUAAUGAGGGUAAUACCGCGCUUAUGAUGGCUCUUGGUCGGGGCCUCAGCGAAAUGGCUGGGCUACUCAUUAGAAACGGAGCGAAUGCCAGGAUUCGGAAUCGACAUGGAAAACAAGCAUUGCAUGUCGCAGCACAAGCAGGUCUCAUUGAUAUCUUCCAGUUGCUUUUUAAUAAUGUUGUUAAGGUCGAUGAACAUAACUACUAUGAAGUUAUAUUCCUUGAUGCAUGCCGGGGUGGCCGGGAAGAUAUUGUUCGGUUGCUUACAUCUAGAAAUAUCGAUUUCGGAACGAAGACUACGGAGGGCGAGACCGCACUACAUUUAGCAUCCAAAAGCCGGAACAAAUGCUUACUCUCGGUACUACUCAGCAAGGGUAUUGAUAUCAACGCACAGGAUAAUCAUGGCACCACCGCGCUUCAUUUGGCGUCGCAACAUAUAUCGGGAUAUAUUUAUGUGGGUCUCAGUGGACUAGAAAGCCACGAUUCUAAUGAAAGCAUUGUUCGUUUCCUUCUAGAUGAGGGCGCCGAUGCUACUAUCCGGGACGAAGAUGGGAGGACUGCACUGUGGCAUGCCUGUGAUCUUCCGGUCGAGUAUGGGGGCUAUGAUGUUGCCAAACUGUUGCUCGACAGACAGGCCGAUGUCAUCAAUGUGCAAUGCAAUAAUGGCAACACCCCACUCCAUAAAGCCUGCGAAUACUACGGGCAUGUUGUCCGAUUAUUUUUAGAAAGAGGUGCUGAUAUCGAAAUUAAAAAUGGAGAGGGCAAAACAGCAAUUUGGAUCGCUGUUGAAGGUUACUCGAGUGAAGCCGUCUCACUACUUUUAGAGGCGGGCGCUAGUACUGAUAUUCGAGACGAGCGCGGCGGAACGUUACUUCACAUUGCGUGCUCCGGAUGGAACGGGAAAAGACUUCAGCUCUUGUUAGAAAAAGGUAUCGGUAUUGAUAUUCAAGACAGACUAGGCCAAACUGCACUUAUUUUAGCAGCCUUCCAGGGUAGGGAGAAACAUAUUCAGUUACUCUUAGAGAAGGGUGCUGAUGUUAAUAUCCAAGAUUGCUUAGGCAAUACCGCACUUCACAAAGCAUCCAAAGAAGGUUAUGACGCGAUUGUCAGGAUGCUUAUUGUUGAGAAGGGUGCAAAAAUACCACCCAUCGACGUACUCUGA